AGCACCUGCAGGAACGAUUGUCAAAGAUAAAUCAGGUAAAUUCAACCAAACUCAUGGCAGUGAAACAGUUUCUGUUGAAUCUUUUCUCAUCAAAAGGAAAACACAGGUCAGUGUUUAUUUCUAAUAUGUUAGCAAUUAAAAUAAUAGUUACAACAGUAAGAGUAUAAAUGCUGUUUAUGCUUUACAAACAAAAAUGUUGGAGCAGACCAGCCACUCACCACGACUAGAGAGAUUCCUUUAAAACUGAAACCAAACAGAUUGUUACGUAAUCGUUUUAACCACUGGACUGAGGAACAGUGACACUCACCAUGCAUAAAAGCGUGCAUGUCAAAGUAUUGGGGGAGUGGAUUUGUUAUCAGCAGCCUCACAGUUGGUGAUCUGGUCAAAGUGCACUAUGGUGAACUGUGGAAAGGCAGUGCAUGUUCAUCCAUUCAAAUAAACCCAGGAAUAAACCCUGCUGAGGUUGCAGAAAUGAAUAAAGAAAAAUCUCAGCUGAAAGAGUUUUUGGAGGCAGUGAGUGUUCUGCAGUGGGUGCUGAGUUUUCUGUUCUUAGGAGUGGCUUGCCUCAUCCUGAUGGUGUAUCUCACGUUCACGUCGCUGUGGCCGCUGUCUGCUCUUUAUUUCAUGUGGUUGGUGAUGGACUGGCACACCCCUGAAAAAGGGGGCAGAAGAACAACAUUUGUAAGGAAGUGGAAGGUUUGGGAGCAUUUUAAAGACUAUUUCCCAAUCAAAUUGGUGAAGACAGCAGACCUGAAUCCAAACAAAAACUACAUUUUUGGCAGCCAUCCACACGGCAUCAUGUGCGCUGGGGCCUUUUCCUGCUUCAGCACCGAGAGAGGCGGCUUCGCCGAGGCGUUUCCUGGGAUCAAGUCCACUCUGGCAAUACUGGCAGGCCUUUUCAAGUUACCACUGUUCAGAGAAUACUUAAUGAGUGCAGGGCUCUGUCCCGUCAGUAAAGCGAGUCUCGCCCACCUCCUCUCCAAAAAUGGGAAAGGCAAUGCGGUGGUGAUUGUGGUGGGAGGUGCCGCCGAGUCUCUGGCCUCUUCUCCUGGAGUCAACACAGUGGUCAUGAAGCAGAGAAAGGGAUUUGUCAGGAUGGCUCUUGAGUUUGGAGCUGAUCUGGUGCCCGUUUACUCCUUCGGGGAGAAUGAACUCUUCCGCCAGGUGAUUUUCUCAGAGGGCAGUCUGGGUCGCAGGCUGCAGGACUUGUUUAAAAUGAUAAUGGGUUUUGCACCCUGUCUAUUUUUUGGAGAGCACCUAGCACUGGUGCCCUACAGAAGUCCAGUCACCACAGUUGUGGGAAGUCCAAUCUCUGUGCCAAAGUGCACCACACCGACUGAGGAGGAGGUCGACCACUAUCACAACCUCUACAUGGAGGCUCUAACCAAAUUAUUCCAUCAACACAAGAUCAGCUGUGGACUCUCUGAAGAUCACGAGCUUCAGAUCAUUUAGACUGUCCUCACUUCUUGCGCUCAUGCUUGAUUCUGCAGCUUCCCACGAGGAUCACUCAGAAAGGAACCAGGAGCUCAGAUGUGGAGGAUCUGGACUGCCUCUAAAAACGUUCUAGGAAAAGGCGAGAACAAGAUUGUGUUCAAAGGUUCUCGCUGUGAUUAAGAACUUCUCAGAGUAACUCGUUGUAGUGAGCUAUCUUAAUACUAGGUUUGAUGCAAUUGUUUUAACAACAGUUGAAUUUGACAGGAUUGCAUCUGUUAGAUUAUGCUAAUAAAUACAUAUUUAAUGUUA